GCGCCAGUGACACACUCGGGCAGGUUUCCAAGUGCAACACGAGCGUGGGGAGGGGCAGUUAGUCACGCGGGCGAGCGCCAAACAAACAAAACACGUGCAACAGAAAACUAAGUUCUGGGAGACGGCCCGGAAGCAGCACAAACCAGGAAGACAACUGUUCUGUCCCGUGUUGCCGGGACGCCCACGGCCCAGUAUAAAGGCGGCCCAGGCAAGGAGCCUCCAGACGUCCCCGCCCUCCUCCCUCCCGGACACCGGCCGAGCCCCACGCCAACAUGUGCCACACCAGCUGCUCCGCGGGCUGCCAGGCUUCCUGCGGCUCCUCCGGCCCCUGCCAGGCGUCCUGCUGUGUGCCCGUGAGCUGCAAGCCCGUGUGCGUGCCCGUGAGCUGCAGACUUGUCGUGUGCGUGCCCGUGAGCUGCAGGCCCACGUGUGUGCCCUCCUGCCAGUCCUCCGUGUGCGUGCCCGUGAGCUGCAAGCCCGAGUGUGUGCCCUCCUGCCGGCCCUCCUGCCCCACCCUGGUCUGCAGACCCGUGUGCUGUAGCUCCCCGUGCUGCUUCUGACCAGGGGUCUCCUAACACCUGCUCUGGGGGCAGAGGGGGCCCCACCCGUGCCCCUCCGGUGAGGACCAAGUCUUCGCCCGGCCUCCAGUUCUGCACGUGGCAGCUCAAACAUUCCCGAUGAGUCGUCUGAACCCUGGGGCGAGGACGGAGCAGGACGAGCCGGAUCCCCCUGUGACCCUGCGUGUCUCCGCCAGGGUCCUUCUCUGUCUCCGGCAGGGAACCCAGCCCGUGUGAGCCCAAUAAAUCGUGCCUUCCUGAGGCAGCUUUCUA